AUGUCAGCGAAUGCGUCGGCUGUUAACCUGGAAGCUCUGGCCGCCGCUAGCAAAGGUGUGAAGGAGCUCAGCGUGCAGGAUGCAGGCCGUUCAUGCACGGGUGUGCUUGCUAGUCACCCGCAAAGCCGCGACGUACACGUUGCGAGCUUUACGCUCCUAUACUACGGCCACGAUUUGCUGGUUGAUGCCGACCUGGAGCUCAACUUUGGGCGACGUUACGGCCUUCUGGGGCCCAACGGCUGUGGGAAAUCGACGCUACUGAAGGCGCUGGCGGCUCGCGACGUUCCCAUUCCCAAUCACAUUGACAUCUACCUUCUGGACCGGGAGAUUGAGGCGAGCGACAUGACGGCGCUGGAGGCGGUCAUGGCGGUGGAUGAGGAGAAGACUCGUAUGGAGCAGGAGGCUGAGGCGCUGGCGCAGAUGGACAUGACGGAGGAUGUGGAGCAGCGGCUUUCGGAUCUGCUUGAGGCCCUGGACAGCGACCUGGUGGAGGUGCGGGCCGCCUCCAUUCUGCACGGCCUAGGGUUUACCAAGGAGAUGCAGUGCAAAAAGACACGCGAGUUUAGCGGAGGUGUUCCCUCUACCCUACAACCUGUUAGAGCAGUGUCCCUCACCCCCACGCCGCCCGCCCGCCGCCCGCCCCGAGUUAUUACCUGCCUGCCAUCCCUAACCCCUCCUUACCUCGUUCCUCCAAUCCCCCCCCUCGGGCAGUUCAAACGCAUCCUGCUGAUGGUGAGCCACAGCCAGGACUUCCUGAACGGCGUCUGCACCAACAUCGUCCACAUGCAAAAGAAGAAGCUGGUGUACUACACAGGCAACUACGACCAGUACGUUCAGACCCGCGCCGAGUUGGAGGAGAACCAGAUGAAGCGAUACAAGUGGGAGCAGGAGCAGAUCUCCAACAUGAAGGAGUACAUAGCGCGGUUCGGACACGGCUCGGCCAAGCUGGCCCGACAGGCGCAGAGCAAGGAGAAGACGUUGGCUAAGAUGGUGCGAGGAGGACUUACGGAAAAGGUGGAGUCCGAGAAGGUGAUCCGCAUCCGCUUCGAGAACGUGGGCAAGCUGCCUCCUCCCGUACUGCAGUUCACUGACGUGGCAUUCGGUUACUCGCCUGACAAGGUGCUGUACAGCCACGUGGACCUGGGCGUGGAUCUGGACAGCAGAGUGGCCAUUGUGGGUCCCAACGGUGCCGGCAAGUCCACUCUUCUGAAGCUGAUGGUGGGGGCACUGGAGCCCCUGGACGGCAUGGUGAAGCGCCACAACCACCUGCGGAUCGGGCAGUACCACCAGCACCUUACGGAGCUGCUGGACCCGGAUCUGUCGCCCCUGGAGUACAUGCUCAAGGAGUAUGGCCGCGAGCUGGGUGAGGAGAAGAUGCGCUCCGUGAUCGGGCGUUUCGGCAUCACCGGUCAGACCCAGACACUGCCCAUCAAGAAUCUCUCCGACGGCCUCAAGUCGCGUGUGGUGUUCGCCUGGCUGGCGCACCGCACCCCGCACAUGCUGCUGCUGGACGAGCCCACCAACCAUCUAGACAUUGAGACCAUUGACUCCCUGGCGCGAGCCAUCAACGAGUGGGACGGUGGUCUGGUGCUGGUGAGCCACGACUUCCGUUUGAUUGGCCAGGUCUGCAACGAGAUCUGGGAGGUGGGCGGCGGCCAAGUGCGCAGGUGGCAGGGCGACAUACAGUCGUACAAGGCGCACCUCAAGUCGACACACGCGGCGCUGGACAGCCGCAAGGACCUCAAGUGA